GAAAGAAGUUUCAGGUGCUCCUUACUAGAGAAUUGCAUAUUUACAUGGAGAAAAUUUCGAUUCUUGGUUUCAUUUUAGCUAUUCUCUAUUUCAUAACAACAGAACUUGCAUGUAAUGGUCAUACCCGUAUCGACAACAAUGUUCAAUCUGAACAAAAGGCUCUUAUCGACUUUAAAAGUGGUCUCAAAGAUCCCAACAAUCGGCUUUCAUCAUGGAAAGGAAGCAAUUAUUGCUACUGGCAAGGAAUUAGUUGCGAAAAUGGCACAGGAUUUGUCAUUUCAAUUGAUCUUCAUAACCCUUAUCCUCGUGAGAAUGAAUAUGAGAACUGGAGCUCUAUGAACUUGAGUGGAGAAAUUAGUCCUUCAUUGAUAAAACUCAAGUCUUUGAAAUAUCUAGAUUUGAGUUUCAACUCAUUCAAAGCCAUGCCAGUUCCUCAAUUCUUUGGGUCUCUGAAGAAUUUAAUAUAUCUAAACUUAUCGGGUGCUGGGUUUAGUGGAUCAAUUCCUUCAAAUCUAAGGAAUCUUUCUAGCUUGCAAUAUCUCGAUCUUUCUUCUAAGUAUCUUGACGAUAUUGAUUCUGAGUAUCUUUAUGAGAUUAAUUCUGAAUAUUUUAAUAAUUUAUUUGUUGAAAAUAUUGAAUGGAUGACUGACCUUGUUUCCUUGAAGUAUCUUGAUAUGAAUUAUGUUAACCUUUCAUUGGUAGGAAGUCAGUGGGUUGAGGUGGCAAACAAGCUUCCAAGUUUAACUGAGUUGCAUCUAGGUGGUUGUCGCCUCUUUGGCUCAUUUCCAUCACCAAGCUUUGUUAAUUUUACUUCACUUGCUGUUAUAGCUCUCAACUCCAACCACUUCAAUUCCAAGUUUCCUGAAUGGCUUUUAAAUGUCAGCAACCUUGUAUCCAUUGAUAUAAGUGAGAAUCAAUUACAUGGGAGAAUUCCACUUGGUCUUGGUGAGCUACCUAAUUUGCAAUACUUAGAUCUAUCUUGGAAUUUCAAUCUCAGGGGCAGUAUCUUUCAAUUGUUGAGGAAGAGUUGGAAAAAGAUAGAAGUUCUAAAUUUGGCUCGAAAUGAAUUACAUGGUUCAAUUCCAAGCUCCAUUGGAAACUUUUGCAACUUAAAAUAUCUGGAUUUGGGGGGUAAUUACUUGAAUGGAAGUUUACCUGAGAUUAUCAAAGGACUUGAAACCUGCAGUUCUAAAAGUCCUUUGCCUAAUUUGACGGAAUUAUCCUUGUACAGCAAUCAAUUGAUGGGAAAAUUGCCGAACUGGUUGGGUGAGCUUAAAAAUCUCAGGGCACUCUAUUUAUCCAGUAACGAAUUUGAAGGUCCCAUUCCUGCUUCUUUAGGGACAUUGCAACACCUGGAGUCUCUGAAUCUUGGAUUGAAUGAGAUGAAUGGAAGUCUCCCAGAUAGUAUUGGACAACUUUCUCAACUGGAACAAUUGGAUGUUUCUUCCAAUCAUUUGAGUGGAAGUCUCCCAGAUAGUAUUGGACAACUUUCUCAACUGCAAGUCUUGGAUGUUUCUUCCAAUCAUUUGAGUGGAAGUCUCUCUGAACAACAUUUUUGGAAUCUGAGUAAGUUGGAGUAUCUAUACAUGGACUCCAAUUCUUUCCAUUUGAAUGUUAGUCCCAAUUGGGAUCCCCCUUUCCAAGUGAAAAGUCUUCGUAUGGGUUCAUGCCACUUGGGUCCUUCAUUUCCGGCUUGGCUUCAGUCUCAAAAGAACCUCCAGAAUCUUGGUUUCUCAAAUUGCAGCAUUUCAAGUCCCAUUCCAAACUGGUUUUGGAAUAUUUCUUUUAAUCUGCAAUGGUUGAAUCUUUCCGACAAUCAGUUACAAGGUCAGCUACCAAAUUCAUUAAAUUUUUAUGGUGAAUCACAGAUUGAUUUCAGUUCCAACCUUUUGAAGGACCUAUUCCUUUUUCAAUCAAAGGGGCAAAUGACAACCUUCACUGAGUUGGCCUUUGUGGGAAACCCUGAUCUAUGUGGAGCUCCAUUGGCCACAAAAUGCCAGGAUGAAGAUCCAAAUAAAAGGCAAAGUGUUGUUAGUGACAAAAAUGAUGGUGGCUAUAUUGAUCAAUGGUUUUACUUGAGCGUUGGCUUGGGAUUUGCCAUGGGCAUCCUAGUUCCAUUUUUUGUUUUGGCAACAAGGAAAUCUUGGUGUGAGGCCUAUUUUGAUUUUGUGGAUGAGAUUGUCAGAUGGUUGUUCAGAGGAAGAGCAACCUAUGCCAAAAAUCAUCCUAGAAGGCGAUAA